AUGUUCACCAAGACUCUUGCCCUCCUUUCGGCGCUUGGCCUUGCUACCGCACAGAGCAACUAUCCAUUUCAAUCUGCACCCUUCAAUCUCGUGAUUUCCAGCUCUAUCAAUGAGACUCUCAAUGGACGCAAACUUGGGGGAUGCCAUAGUGGCGCGGCAGUCGAAUCGCUAUGUCUCUACGAUGGUGCCGCCCAAGAGUCGUUCUACACCUUCUACUUCAAUACAACAAGCGACGCAGCCGACCCCGAUACGCUGCAGACGGGCCUCUUGACGUGGAAUCUGCCGCUGGGGGACGGCAACUUCAACGAGCCCAUGUCGUUCAGGUACAACCCGGCGUCGAACCUGGCUUUUCCGUUCAUCUGGCCCAGCUACGAUGAUGCGCAGCCCGUGGCGUUCACGACCGAGGACCUGCUGGCCGUGCCCGCGUACGUCAACGACGCCAUUGAGCCCCCAACGCCGUACCGGCGCGGAGUGACCUUUUGGAACAACCGGUGGGUGGUCUGCCAGACAUACUGGCAGGGGUACAGCUAUACAGCGCUUCAAUGGGUGCUGGGAAACCAGGCGCCGCAGAACCCGAGCUGCGAUGCCGUCACUGUGAAGAGGGUAUUCAUCUGA